CGGACAGAAAGAAAAACAGAGUUUGGAAACAACAGAGCAGCGGUGUGGACAUACAGAAGCAGAGGCAGCUCCACAUCAGGACCUUGGACAGCGCAGCAGAGAGAAGAAGAAGAAGAAAAGCAAGGCAGACAACUUCCUCCAAAGCACAUGUGUAAAGCGAUGUUACAAAGGACGGGUCCCCACCUGCUUCUCCUAAUAGCCCUGUGCAGUGUGUUGUACUCCCGGACUCUGAGUCUGCCAUACACAUCUAUGAGACCGACGAGACACGCAGACGGUCUGUUCACCAGCGGAUACAGCAAACUUCUGGGACAGCUAUCAGCGCGGAGGUACCUGGAGUCCCUGAUCGGAAAGCGGGUCAGUGACGAACUGAUGGAGGAGCCAGUGAAACGCCACUCAGACGCCAUCUUCACAGACAACUACAGCCGCUUCCGCAAACAGAUGGCUGUCAAGAAGUACCUCAACUCAGUCCUAACAGGAAAGAGAAGCCUCGAAGAUCCUGGAAGCAGCGACCCUGAGGAAUCCCGGGACGAACCUAACACCUUCCAGGAGAGCUAUGACGACAUCAACGUAGACCAUCUCCUCAACAACUUUCAACUGCCUCUUUGAGGAGCGGCCUGUGCACGAGUGAAUACCUCAAGUCAUCCUCAUCAGAUCACCCAUUUCAAAAGAAAAAAA